AAUUUUUUUUAAAAAACAAGGGAAAAAAGAUAAGUACAGUCUAAAGUCCCCACGUCCGUGAUUCCUCUGUUCCCCCCUCCUCUCCCACUUUAAUUCCGUCUCCUCCCCUGUUUCUAACAGAAACCAUUCAUUAAAGAAUCUCAAUAUAAAUUCCCUCAAAAUAUCCAAACAAGUCUGCUUCUCACGCAGUAGUAAGUACAAUAAUCACUCACUCCUGCAUUUCUUCAUUACUCUCUCUCUCUCUCUCUCUCCAAAAAAUGAAGGCCAGCACAAAACUAAUCCUGCUCCACCCCUCUUCACUACCCAAACACGGCGGACAAACCGCCGCCAACGCCACCACUCCCCACCGCAUCUAUCUCCUCCUCUUCGCCUCACUAUUCACUUUCUUCUCCCUCUUCACUCUCCUCACCACCAAAACCCGCGCUCCCACCGCCGCCACCACAACCACAACCGCCUCCUCCGCCGCCGACGGCGGCGGCGCCUCCCUACCCGAACCCAUCUUCGACGCCCUCCUCCACUACGCCUCCAUCUCGAACUCCACCGACGCCAACCGCCUCUCCUCCGCCGAGCUGAAAUCCGUCGCCGCCGUCCUCCGCCGCUACCCCAACUGCAACCUCCUCGUCUUCGGCCUGACCCACGAGACCCUCCUCUGGCACGCUCUCAACCGCGGCGGCCGCACCGUCUUCGUCGACGAGAGCGCCUACCUGGUCUCCAAGCUCGAGCAAUCCCACCCGGACAUCGAGGCCUACGACAUCCAGUUCACUACCAAGGUGAGAGACCUCCACGCCCUGGUCAACCACACGAGACGCCAAAUCCGACACGAGUGCCGGCCCGUGCAAAACCUCCUGUUCUCCGACUGCAAGCUGGGCAUCAACGAUUUCCCGAAUCACGUGUACGAGGUGGGCUGGGACGUGAUCUUGGUCGACGGGCCGCGCGGGUACUUCCCCGCGGCGCCCGGGAGGAUGGCGGCGAUUUACACCGCCGGCGUGCUGGCUAGGAGUAAGAGAGGAGGAGGAGGGAAAACCCAUGUGUUUGUGCACGAGUUUGACAGGGAAGUGGAGAGGGUUUGCAGUGAGGAGUUUCUGUGUGGGGAGAAUUUGGUGGAGGUGAAGGACUUGUUGGGGCAUUUUGUGGUGGGGAGAAUGGAGGCUGAUAGGUUUGAGUUCUGCAGCAAUUCGGCAUCGUUGGAAAAUCAUAGAUUAGAUGAUUAAAUUAUACUCCUACUCGAAAGAAGUUGUGAAUUACUUGUAUAAAUUUUCUUAUUUUAAUUGCCUUUUAUUUUAAGAUAUAUGUGUAAGAUGGGAAUUGGAAA